AUAAACCCAACGCCGCCCAACUUAAUAUAUCCUCCUCCUCCUCGCCAACGUCGUCUGCCUAUUUCUCUGUCGCAGGUUCUCCGUCCGAAGCUGCUGCAGUCUCUUCAUCUCCUCGAUGUGGGUCAUCCAAUACAGUCUUAGAAUUGAUUCUAAUCCGAAAGCAGCAGAGUCGACCGGUUCCAAUUCGAGACGAUGAGCGCUGUCAACCUCACCAACGUCGCCGUUUUGGACAACCCCGCUGCGUUCCUCAAUCCCUUUCAGUUCGAGAUCUCCUACGAGUGCUUGGCCCCACUUAAAGACGAUUUGGAAUGGAAACUCACAUACGUGGGGUCUGCCGAGGACGAGACUUAUGACCAACUUCUCGAAAGCGUGCUUGUUGGGCCCGUCAACGUUGGCAACUAUCGAUUUGUCCUUCAGGCAGACCCUCCAGACCCAUCAAAAAUCCGUGAAGAAGAUAUCAUUGGGGUCACGGUACUGCUCUUGACAUGUUCUUAUCUGGGACAAGAAUUCGUUCGAGUUGGAUACUAUGUGAACAAUGAUUACGAUGAUGAACAGCUACGGGAGGAACCUCCCACUAAGGUGUUGAUUGAUAGGGUUCAAAGAAAUAUUUUGGCUGACAAACCCAGGGUCACAAAGUUCCCAAUCAAUUUCCAUCCUGAGAACAACGAGCAAGGUGAAAAACCCCCUCCUUUGCCUGCGCAUGCUAUUGUAACCAAUGAGAAUGGAGAGGUGCCGCCCUCUUCACCUGAUCAACCGCCCGGGGAGCAGUAGUUGUACAUCGAAGUUGCUGCUGGAAAUUUUCGUACAUCCCCGCUUCCAAUUUUGACGAACUGAUCAUUUUGGGUGAGCUUGAUCUUCCAAAUAUUGAAGAUCUCCAUGCAUCCUUGAUAUAAUGUUGCAAACUGAUGUGUUGUGAAGUGCCAGUUGGAAUGUGUUGUACCAUUUUUUGUAUGCUAGUGUUGUUACAAUCUACGAA